AUGGUCCAUGGGCUGCAGGCCGAGAUCGAGCGGCUGCGAAAAGAGAACUUCCGGCUCAAGGAAAAGCCAUCUAGCCAGGGCUCCACAGCGCAGGUCGAGAUGGUACACAACGAACCACAACGACAUACACAGGCUCUUUCAACGGCUGAGCUCACCGAGGACUUGCUGAAGUCGUUAGCUUCUAACGGCGCCAUCGGCGUGGCCAUUGUGACGUGCAAGCGGCCGAAAUACCUUUCGAGGACGAUGGACUCCGUGCUCCGCGCGCAGCGUGACCCGGCAAAGUUCCCUUUGGUCAUCUCGCAGGAUGCCAAUGAUGCGGCCAUGCAAGAGUUGGUGCAGCGAAGCUUCGUGAAGACGGGCCAGGCAUAUCAUAUGCAUCAUGAGCACGACCCCAAUGCUCCAGCGAUUGCCACAAAGUACGGUGGCAAAAAGGCCAUCGGCUAUGUACGCAUCGCUCAACAUUUUGGUUUCGUUAUGCGGAGGAUGUUCGACGAGUUUGGUUUCGAGGCG